CCUUUGUCCUCCAUGUUGCUAGAAUUAAUCGACCAAGUAUCUCUUCAUAGGAUCGAUCUCUGCUUUAGUUGUACGUGUAGCUGUGGAUGCUCACACAUGCUUCUGUAAUGGAAGGACAAAAACAACUUCUUUCAGAAGGUAAAAUAAUAUUCGACUGGGUUCCCCGGUGUUCCCAGCUCCUGGGGAAAUUACAUUACAUACGCAAUUACCAAAAGCACUUAUGCUAUCCAUUUAGAAGUGCCUAAAAAUUCCGAGUGUGCUGGUAUAGAAGCGCCAGAGUUGAUUCAACAAGACAUCACAGCGGAUGAAGAAGAUACUACACAAGAUAAUCUCAAACUGAGCGACGUACAGGUUGUUUCAAAUAAUGAAGUCAGUUCCACCGAGCGCAAGGAAUGUGAAGAAACACAAGAUCGUGAAAUUGAAGUUAGAGUUGAACUUCGAGAAAACAAGAGAGAGGGGGAAACAUCACCUAACGAUGGUAUUAAUCAUGACUUGUGUUUAAUUCCCAGCUCAAAUUCUGUGACGAGGCAGACUCUUCUCGCUAUCUUUUAUUCCUAGUUCCUGUACUAGUUUAACUAUCCACAAUGUAAAUUUAACCCCCAAAACAACCCCACAAGAGUCGUUGAUCGCCAAGAACGACCCUUUUGGGAUCGCUUUGACCCUUUCGAAUUUACAGUGUAGGGAUACUAGUUCACGAUAGGUUAACCGAUAGUUGCUAAAAGCUGGUACAGAUCACUUAUACCAUUUUCUCAUUCCGAAUUCCGAUUACUGCUACACAAUAACGCUUGGUAAACCCUAGCUAUAAACCGCCAAGUUCUGAUUUUUAGUGUUUUACUGCAUUUUAUUACCUUUCAAGGUGAGAACAAAACGACGGAGAAUAAUGACAAAGAUGCUGUUGGGAAUGGUGGGAAUGAUACAAAUGUUCAAACUAGUUCAGAAAUGAACUCAAAUGAAAAAGACGAUUCAGAAAAGACACAGAAUACGACAGAAGAAAUAGCAAAUGACAAAGAAGAGGAAAACAUUGAUACCAAAACAGAGGAAACAGCAAACAAUGGGAAUCAUUGUGCUGAAGUUGUUGCAGAUGAUGGAAAUAAUAACGUAGAGAAUACUGAGAGUGGUACUAAAACUAAAGACAGUGUAAGAAGGACUCGGUUUAGUUCAGAAAUCACUAUUCAGCCCAAAGCAUAUUUUCAAGCUGGGGCUGAGACUGUCGUCAUGAUGGUAUGUAUGAUAGCUUCGGUUUAUAUUGUAAUAUGGCCACAUUUAUUUUGAGGACUCCAAGGAGCAGACAGGCUCAUGUUGUCCACAGCAUCCCUCAGAAACAGGAGUGUUGAGGACACACGUUAAUUAAACUAAGUGCAUCUACCUGAGAAACUGCACUUCGUUCUUGUAUUAUACAGAAGAAACAAGGUUGUUGUCCAACAAUUUUGCUUCCCGUCCAAGUGUCUGUGGCGGUGACAGUAUGGACCUUAAGCAUGUACGACGGCAACGCAACGACGACAACCAAAACAAACUUCUUCAAAUAAAUUAUUGCGAAGAAGAGUUGUUGUGUUACUUGUGUAUUAUCCACUGCAUGUAUAUAUGAAUUGAGUUCAGAUUAAAACAAAGGCUUUAUGGUUAAAAACGGUUCUGCUGAGGAAAUUUGUAGUUUCACUUGUCGCGUCUUGACAUGUUUGCGUUGUACACGAGACGUGAAAAUCUCUGGUUUUCCGUUGUAAAAGCCCUAACACAACGUCUCUAACUCCCGUGGGGCUUUUAAUUAUUCAUUUCUUUUGUACGAGAUCAGGAAUAUCAUUGUGUGAAUAGCCGUCGUCGUCGCGUUGCCGUCCUGUUUGCUUAAGGUCGCUAAUGUUUCCUGGUUUGCCCAUGUUCUGCUAGGGAACAAUGUUUCUAUAUUUUCCAGGGCUUAACGAUCCAUUUAUUUCCAUCUAGCCACCAGGAUCGUCAGCUGAUGACGUAUUCAAAAACGACUCGAGAUCGACCUCUACGGCAAGUUCAGCACACGCUGUUGGUAAUGCUCAUCCUUCAGACUCUGUCCUUCCUCGGACAUUUUUGCCUCUCACUUUGUUCACGUGUUUAUUUUGUCCUAUGAUUGGAUUAUUCGCGGUCUACAAAUCUUACUCGGUGAGUGUACAUAGGUUUGAUGGAUAUGCCAGUCAGUGCAGAGUCUGGGAAUUCUGUUGAUGGUAUUAAUGGUGAUGAUGAUGGUGGUAGUGACGAUGGUGGUCAUCUUGAAUAUGGUGGUAAGGGUGAUGAAGAUGAAUGAUGGUGGUGAUGAUGGUGGUAGUGAUGAUGGUGAAGAGGAUUAUGGUGGUGAUAUAUUUAUGAUGGUGGACCGUACAGUGAUCAUAUUUAUGAUGGUGGACCGUUGAUGAUGAUGAUGAUGAAUGAUGGUGGUGAUGAAUGAUAGUGGUGAUGAUGGAGAUGAUAGUGGUGGUUAUAAUUAAUUUAAGAAGGUGUUAGUGUUAAAGUAUGUUCUGACAUUUCUGUGUUAAUUUCUAGGUGAAACAGUUUAUCAAGAAAGGUGACAUAAGAAAGGCGAACCAGGCAUCUCAACACGCAAGACAACUUGGUGUACUUACUUUAUGUAUUGGAUUCUUCUUUGUUCUUGCGAUUGUCGUUAUAGCUGUGCUGGUCAGUACUCUUACAUAGCCAGAGAAGAUCAUCAUGAAUAUCUGUAAAGAAAUUGUUUAACAUCAAUUACAUCAUCAUUGUACACGCCUAAAUUAUGAAAGGCGUAAUUCAUGUCUGUCGUGGUUUGUGUCUGAACGACCUGGAAAACACAAAAACUGUUCUACGUCUCAAGGGUUUUCAUGCGCGAUA